AUGUCGAUCGUGGAACGUGGGACACCGGGUCCUCAAGAUGAGACGAAAAAGUCCGAGACUGUCAUUAAUGGGAGAGAUGUCGAGGAAGUUACGACUCACUCGUACCGACCUACCAGAUUGCAGAGCAAUAUAACUAUCAUCAGUUGCUACAUUGCCAACUUCAGCGAUGGAUUCCAAAACACCCUCGCUAAUCCUACCAAUGUCAUCUUCUCCCACGUCCUUGGCUCUGAUAAUUACUCUUCUGAAAUGAAGACGCGAAUCAGCAAUUCGUUGCUUGUUGGUGCUAUUCUUGGUGUUGUGGCUCUCGGAUAUACGUCUGAUAUGUUCUCGCGACGGGCGGGAUUACUGUUCACUUCCUCUCUUGUUGCCAUUGGCACAUUGAUGUCGGCACUGGCUCUUCACGUGCAUCCCUCCAGCAAUAUGUUGUGGUUUUUUGUCGUUGUUCGUGGUAUUGCCGGAUUCGGUGUCGGAGGUGAAUACCCUCCUAGUGCGGCGGCCGGUAUUGAAGAAACGGAUGAUAUCAUGCGCAAAUACCGUGGGCCCAUGUUUGUUUCAUUCACGACGUUGAUGGCUACCACCGCUGGUCCAAUCCUGAUGAUCAUCUACUUAAUCACACUAAUCGCCACCGACAACAACCUCGUCGUCGCUUUCCAUGCGAUUUAUUCCAUCGCAACUCUUCUCCCAGUUGCCAUCAUCGUCCUUCGACUUUUCAUGGUCGACUCAUCGCUCUUCCACUAUUCCAACCUGACCCGCCAGCCCAAAUCCCUUCGCCUGUACAUGCUUCUGGCCAAGCGAUACUGGUGGAGACUAUUGACAACAUCGCUGGCAUUCUUCCUAUACGAUUUUGUCAACUUCCCGAACAGCAUCAUGUCCAGCACAAUCAUCUCCUCGCUUGUCAAAGACCACAAUGUGCGAACCACAGCCAUCUGGCAGGUUAUUCUCGCCGUGCUUCCAGUUCCCGGCGUGAUAGUUGGAGCUUGGCUCACAAAUGCCAUUGGACGGCGUUGGACCGGUAUCGCAGGAUUCGCAGGAUACGUGGUUCUUGGCUUUAUCAUUGGCGGAACAUACACCAAGCUUUCUCAAAACAUUGCUGCAUUCGUGGUUCUGUACGGCUUGUUGCAAGCAUUCGGUCAUAUGGGACCAGGUGCUACUAUUGGGCUUAUCUCUACUGAGGCUUUCCCUACUGCGAUGCGCUCAAUGGGAUACAGUGUUGCGACAGCUUUUGGUAGAACUGGCGCUGCAGUGGGAACGCAGUGUUUCUCCCCCCUGCAAGACCGUGCUGGUAACAGCUCCACCUUCUACCUGGCUGGAGCAAUUUCUAUCCUUGGAAUGGGAGUGUAUUACUUGCUUCCUGAGAGUGGAGAGUUGGAUUUGGAAAAGGAAGACAGGGAUCUCAAAGAGUAUUUGAUGCAGCACGGCUUUGACACUGAUGUGAAGGAGUAG